AUGGCCGAUCGAGGUUUUGUUUUUAUUCCGGUUAAUGAUCCACUCCGACCGGGGGGUCCUGAUCGUGCGCAGUUGCCUAAUAAUUUUAAAGGUCGUUUUGGUGAUUCAUCACAUCCUGGUGCGGUUGCUGAGGGUCAACGAAAUUUUACAGGCCGCAUUCUGCGUUUACCUGAAUUUAUUCGAUCAGAUCCGUCACUAUGGUUCGCGCAGGUUGAAUUGAUCUUCGAAUCUGCAGGAAUUUUUUUUCAGAGAUCUAAAGCCGGUGCAGUGGUAACCGCUCUUGACUAUGAGGUAGUUCAAACAUUUGGGGAUUUAUUGACAAAUAAUAAUUUUGUAGAAAACCUUUAUUCCGCAAUUAAAAAGAGGGUCAUUGAAAAUUUUUCGAUUUCACCUGAGGCUAAGUUGAGGUCUAUACUGAAGGGGGAAGUCAUUGGAGAGGGAAAACGAUCUUUGAUUUUGAGUAGGAUCCGACAUCUUGGUCGCGGUAGAUGUAACGAUAAGGUCUUGAAGGCAAUUUUUCUCGAACAUCUUCCUGCUAAUUGUCGUACGAUUUUGGCUAUUUCAGAUACUAACGAUCUUUCUCGUUUAGCUUCCAUGGCAGAUCGAAUGGUUUCGUAUAAUUCCCCCGAAGCAAACGUAGCUGCAAUUUCUGCUGAUAAAGGAAUCUUAACCGAAUUGGAAGAGUUGACAUCGAGAAUCGAUGCAUUAUCAACUCGAUCCCGCAACCCUCAUCGAUAUGAAAGAAGAGAACGUUCUAAAUCUCGUUCAAGAUUUAAGCAAAGUAAUGAUAGGUCGCGUGAUCGUGAUUCAGGGGAUCAAGGUCUUUGUCGUUUGCAUCGCAGAUAUGAGAAGAAUGCUCAUCGUUGUUAUAAACCAUGUUCUUUUAAAGAAAAUUCCAAAUCAAAACAAUCUCAUUCUGAUGACUCGAAUUCGGGAAACUAA